AACACGGAAGUGACAUUGGACUUUGAUCAGCAUGGCUAGUCGUCUGCUAAAGCCGAUUUAUAUGCAAAUUGGAGCAAAGCGAGAAUGCUUUGUGCGACAUUUUUCAGUAUCAAGAGUAUGUCAACAACAAAGUGAACCACAGAAAGCAUUGUUUGGGCCUGAACACCAACAACUGAGAGAAAACCUGAGAAAGAUAAUUGACAAAGACAUCAAUCCCUAUGUCGAUGAAUGGGAAGAAGCUAGAAUGUUCCCGGCCAAGGAUGUGUUCAAGACGCUUGGAAAUGCUGGGUACUUGGGUGUAACAAAACCAACAGAAUAUGGUGGACUUGGCCUGGACUACUCGUAUAGCAUGGCUGUGGCUGAGGAGCUUGGACACAUCAACUGUGGAGGUGUUCCCAUGGCGAUAGGGGUACAGACUGACAUGGCCACUCCCGCUCUAGCUAGGUUUGGAAGUGACAAGCUGAAGAGAGAGUUCCUUGCUCCGUCUAUUUCAGGUGACAUGGUUGCCUGUCUUGGAGUCAGUGAGGUCGGCGCAGGCUCAGAUGUAUCAAGUAUUUUCACAAAAGCAUCUCGUACUGGAGAUGAUCUUAUCAUCAAUGGCGGCAAGAUGUGGACAACUAAUGGUACACAGGCUGACUGGAUGUGUCUGUUAGCUAACACAGGACAGGGAAAGGCCCACCAGAACAAGUCUCUCAUCUGUCUGCCUAUGGACCUCCCAGGUAUCCAGAUAGCUAAGAAGAUAGAAAAGAUGGGAAUGAGGUCUUCUGACACAGCACAGAUAUUCUUUGAAGAUGUCCGUAUCCCAGCCAGCUACAUUAUCGGAGAGGAGGGGAUGGGCUUCACCUACCAGAUGUUGCAGUUUCAGGAGGAGAGACUGUUUGGAGCAGUACUCGUGUUGGUUCCCCUACAGAAGAUGGUACAGGAGACUGCAGCAUACACAGCUCAACGGAAAGCCUUUGGGAAACCAAUUCUAAGCAACCAGGUUGUCCACUUCCGUCUUGCUGAGCUGGAGACUGAGAUUGAGAGUCUGAGAUCACUGGUGUACAGGACUGUUGCUCUGUACAUGGAAGGCAAUGAUGUGACGAAGCUGGCCUCCAUGUGUAAGCUGAAGGCGGGGCGACUCUCCAGGGAGGUGUGUGACUCCUGUCUGCAGUACUGGGGUGGGAUGGGCUAUACUGAGGAAGUGUUCGUCAGCCGCAUGUACAGGGACUUCCGACUUCUGUCCAUUGGAGGCGGGGCUGAUGAAGUGAUGCUGUCAAUCAUCUGUAAAUACAUGAACAUCUUGCCUCGAUCCUCAUAAAUCAAAUGUACUGACGUAGGUUGUACAUAUACUGAGGGGGAAAAAUUAAGGGACACAUGAAAGCCAAAGCAUUCAUUUAUACACUUCAAGGCUUGUUUGCAAGCUUUGUUGAAAGCUGGAUGUAAAUGAGUGUUCUUGACUUCUGUUGAGUAGUAUAUGUUACAACUGUUCAUCAGUGAAUGCCAUGUUUUAAGUCUUGUAUAUCAAGGGACACAAGAAGUGGAAACUCCUCCACCACAGAACCAGUCUAUGCUGUUUCGGACACAUGCAGAGAUUUCCACAGUGUGCCAGUGUUAAUUAUAAGUGCUUAGUUCCACAGAGCAGUGAAAUAUAUGACAGACCUCACCGGCCCGAGACGUAGCUUUAUGCCUGCAAAAGGGCCACAUCUCUCAGUUGUCUGCAAAGUUUUCCUGUACAAGUCAUUUAUACUUCAUAUACUGAAGGAAAAAAAUAAGGCAACAUCACAUCAACAUAGUGUUCCUACUUUUGUAUAAAUGGAGUACUGAAAGAAUUCUUCGAUGUUGCUAUAGUAUUUAGAAAGAAUCAGGUUUCUUUAACUUCAGUUGAGUAUGUUGAAAGUAUAUUCUUGGAGUUUAGUGAAACGUCACUCGUCAGAAGCCAAUUAUCCUGGAUGAAUCGUAAAUUUGGACAUUUGUUGCCUCGCACAUUUUCACCGCUAACAGUUCCUGUCAGAUUAUUUAGGUAUCAGUUAAUAAACUAGUUUGUUUGCAUUAUAUAUGUGGGUGUAUAUUUAACGUCACAUCGGCAAUGUUUCAGCCAUUUCGUGACAAGCUUGUAUGUAAUGAGUGUCCAGAUGUUUAUGUACUGUUACAAAAGUCCAAGACAGUCUUGCCCACUUUACAGCAUUAUUCUUCUGUGUUUUCUUAUGUAAAUCAGACUAUUUGUUUAUAUAUAAAAGAGGUUGAAUUUGUUGUAUUCUGAAAUUAGUCAUGAAAGGGUUAAUACAGGAAUUAAGUUAAAAACAAAUUUAAUCAUUGACACAUUUUAAGGUGAAAUGAGAUCGUGGACAUCAUGAUGAUGGACAUAAGACAGAUGUUGUCACAUGUUGCUCCAUAAACCCCAGAUUAUUUCCCAUACUGAUGUGUUUUGUACAGAAAGUGAGAUAAUUAUAGUGUUUGAGAUUUAUGAGAUAUGUGCCUGAUUUAUACAGACAUUGUUUUGAAAACUUCAUGGCCAGAUAUGACAACAUUUUGCUUCUGGAAGUGAAAUAUUUAUGAGACUCAGGGAUUUGCCACUGUGAAAAUAAAGAUGAUGCCAUGUCAAUAAAGAAUUUUGUACGAA